UGCAGCUUCUUCAGCUCCCGAAAAGUGACCGAAUGUGACACCCAGAAGGUCAAACCCAUCUUCGAAUCAAAUUCUAGGAAAGUACCAACGCGUCGCUCCUUUUGGCUUUCAGAAACAAAAAGCUUUUGCGUUCGAUUUGUUUCUUCCUAAAGACUAAUAUUCUCAUUCUCCCCAAAACCUCUGCUAGUUUUUGGUUUUGCUUCAACACCCUCGUCCUCCUUCUUCUUCACACUCCCCCAGAAAUCCCAAUUUUGCCCCUACCCUCUUCCCCAAUUUACCUACGAUGUACAGCAACAUGCUGGUCAACUGCUCCAACUGCCGCACCCCUCUGCAGCUGCCACCUGGCGCGGGAUCCAUCCGCUGCGCCCUCUGCCACGCUGUCACUCUCAUCGGCGAUCCACGCGCCCUCCCUUCGCAGCCACCGGCCUCCACCCACGCGCCUCCUCCUCCGUCCUCUCCCUACAGCCACGCGCCGCCCCCGCCCAACCCCCACGGCCGCAAGAAGGCCGUCAUCGUCGGCAUCUCCUACCGCUUCUCGCGACACGAGCUCAAGGGAUGCAUCAACGACGCCAAGUGCAUGAAGUACCUCCUCAUCAACAAGUUCAGCUUUCCAGAAUCUUCCAUCAUCAUGCUCACCGAAGAAGAAGAUCCCCAUGGCCCCAAAUUUCCAACGAAGCACAACAUCAGGAUGGCAAUGUAUUGGCUUGCACAAGGAUGUCAACCUGGAGACUCCCUGGUUUUUCAUUAUUCUGGUCAUGGAUCACAGCAAAGGAACUAUAGUGGUGAUGAAGCUGAUGGAUAUGAUGAAACUCUAUGUCCCCUUGAUUUUGAAACACAGGGUAUGAUUGUAGAUGAUGAGAUCAAUGCCGCACUUGUUAGACCUAUUCCUCAUGGAGCUAAGCUACAUGCACUAAUUGAUGCCUGCCAUAGUGGCACUGUUCUAGAUUUGCCAUUUCUUUGCAGAAUGAACAGGAGUGGGCAAUAUGUAUGGGAGGACCAUCGCCCUAGAUCCGGUGUAUGGAAGGGAUCUAGUGGUGGAGAAGUUAUCUGCUUCAGUGGAUGCGACGAUCAUCAAACUUCAGCUGAUACAUCUGCUCUAUCAAAAAUUACAUCGACCGGGGCAAUGACAUUUUGCUUCAUCCAAGCCAUAGAGCGUGGCCAUGGGGCUACCUAUGGCAGCAUUCUUACUGCAAUGCGCACUUCCAUCAGAAAUGUUGGCGGCGGCGGCGGCGGUACCGGGGGUGGUGAUGUGGUAACAUCCCUUCUCUCCAUGCUUUUGACUGGAGGGAGUCUCAGCGGUGUCGGUGGACUGGGACAGGAACCACAGUUAACAGCUUGCGAAGCAUUUGAUGUGCAUAGAAAACCUUUUUCAUUAUGAUACUCAAUAUUCUUUAUUCUGCAAUUUGUUUUCCUAGGCUCUGCCCCUGUAUACGACUACAUUGAUUACAAUGAUUAAUAUAUUAUAAAGUAGAGAGGAUUCUUUUUUCGUAAAUCACUGAGGAUGUGUUUGGAUGAAUUUAUGUCUGCCCUUGAGAAUGUGACAUGCUCUUGUAAUAAUGACUUUGGUUGCUGCUGCAAUCCUUGGACGAAAAUGCUGAUUCGACUCAGAUUUGAAUUCCACAUAAGAGGUGAGCAUCUUAACCCUGGAUAAAUUAGGAGGUGUGCGUGUGACCCCAAUUUUACUUCGUGAAAAGUGUCAAUAAUGACUUGAAAGUGAUGGUCUCGUACUGAUCAUACAUCAUGUGCAUAAAUUUGAUGUAAUUACUUGUAUAGUAUGUUUUUGGAACAACAAAUCUUAGGAAUUGAUUUGAUAAAAGGUAUAAAUUAUAAAUUAAUUUGA